CUACACUUCAUUGCUACACACGCUAGUCUAUACACUCUCGCGGCUGUAGCAAACCACUGGCAAGGACGAUAGUGCGCGUCCCCGUGACUCAGUCUCGCCACAGAAAACAAAGCUGCACGGCUUCCAUUACAGCCAGCAGAACUCUGAGAAGAUUUGCACAGAGACAUCUGAAAUCUCGUUCAUAAGAUGGAUCUACGGCUAAUUUAGGGACCGCAGAUAUAGAGGCCUGCUUGGAGGACAGUAAGACAGCAGGACACUUGCUAUAUUGACAAAACAUUUUUCCGGACUGCUUUGUCUUGGCCAGCUAGCAAGCCAUCAUUGUCGUUUCUGUUGCCAUCCAUCCAGCUAGUCUGCUAGCUGAACAGCUACGGAAAACAGCGCCAUGUUGUUGUCAAAAAGGGCUUGUUAGGAAGACAAAUCUUGACUUAAAGGCGGAACAUUUCCCCACCAGGACUCUCCGUUUUGCUUCAGGGAUCCCGAAUCUGUGCUCCAGUGGCGGAGCCAUCGGACUGUCAAUCGGCGACAUGGCGGAGCAAAGCUACUCCUGGGCUUAUUCCCUUGUGGACUCCAGUCAGGUGUCCACCUUCCUCAUCUCCAUCCUUCUCAUCGUUUAUGGCAGCUUCAGAUCAUUAAAUAUGGACUGCGAGAACCAGGAAAAGGACAAAGAUGGGAAUCCCACGACAAGCUCCUUCAACAACAGUAAUUCAAACAACAGUAUUCAGACCAUAGACUCCACACAGGCACUGUUCCUGCCCAUCGGGGCGUCGGUCUCUCUGCUCGUCAUGUUCUUCUUCUUCGACUCGGUCCAGGUGGUCUUCACCAUCUGCACUGCAGUGUUAGCCACCAUUGCGUUUGCGUUCCUCCUCUUGCCAAUGUGCCAGUACCUAACCCGACCUUGCUCUCCACAAAACAAGAUCUCGUUCGGCUGCUGCGGGCGUUUUACCCUGGCCGAGCUUCUCUCCUUCUCCCUCUCAGUCAUGCUCGUGCUCAUAUGGGUGCUGACGGGACACUGGCUUCUUAUGGAUGCCUUGGCCAUGGGUCUGUGUGUGGCCAUGAUUGCCUUUGUGCGGCUGCCCAGUCUGAAGGUGUCGUGCCUGCUCCUGUCGGGCCUGCUCAUCUAUGAUGUGUUCUGGGUGUUCUUCUCGGCGUACAUCUUCAACAGCAACGUGAUGGUGAAGGUGGCCACCCAGCCGGCCGACAACCCACUGGACGUGCUCUCGCGCAAGCUGCACCUGGGCCCCGGCGUGGGCCGCGACGUGCCGCGCCUCUCGCUGCCCGGCAAGCUGGUCUUCCCCAGCUCCACGGGCAGCCACUUCUCCAUGCUGGGCAUCGGCGACAUAGUCAUGCCAGGCCUGCUCCUCUGCUUCGUGCUGCGCUACGACAAUUACAAGAAGCAGGCCAGCGGCGAGGCGGCCGGGGGCGUUCCUGGGGCACCGGGCACAGCGGGGAACAUCGGGCGCAUGCAGCGCGUCUCCUACUUCCACUGCACGCUCAUCGGAUACUUCAUUGGGUUGCUGACGGCCACCGUGGCAUCUCGUAUCCACCGCGCGGCCCAGCCCGCCCUACUCUACCUGGUGCCCUUCACACUGCUGCCUCUGCUGACCAUGGCCUACCUGAAGGGCGACUUGAGGCGCAUGUGGUCCGAGCCGUUUCACACCAAGGGCACCGCCUCCCGGUUCCUGGAGGUAUGAUGCGUCACAGGGAGAGACAGCGAGAAGGGAGGCAGCCAUGCGACCACCACCACCACCCGACCCAACCCGAUCGGACCAGACCAGACCAGACCGGACGCCCCCAACAACCCCCCUCCCAACCCGGCCACCCUUCACGCACUCCGAGAUAGAAAAGAGAGAUAGAGAGAGAAGAGAGAGAAGAGGAGCAGCACAUCCAUGCAAGAGGGUAAGAGGGAGGGAAAAGCAAGAGGAUAUCUCCCUCCCUCUCUCCUCCAUCAUUUUCUUUCCGCCAUUCUGCUGUCGUUUCUUUCCCUCCGACGUACCAGUACCUGGAGGAUGGAGGAUGGAGGAUGGGGGGGGGGGGGGGGAUGGAUGGGGGGAAAUGGGGAAAAAAAGAAAGGAAAGGAAAAAACGCUGCAGCUCUCGUCGGAUCUCCACUGCCAAGCAAACUCUGUUUUUUACUUCUCUCACUCUUUUUUUUUUGUCCCUCAUCCCCCUCUUUACAUUUCCACCUUUCAGUCCCCCCUUUCUUUUCUUUCUCUCGCUCUUUCUUUCCCUUUCUCCUAUUCUGUUAUUCUACCUCUUGCCAUCUCUCUCUCUCUCUCUCUCUCUCUCUCUCCCUCUCUCUCUCUCUCUCUCUCUCUCUCUCUCUCAGUUUGGUUUGCAUCAGCGUACCUCUCUCUCUUUCUUGCCCACCCCAUGCCUCUGACCCCUCGCCCUGUUGUUGUUUCUGCUGAGUUAAACGAGGCUUGACCUCCCUUCUGGACUGGAUGGCUUAAUGCGACUGAAGACUGAAUCGCCUCCAGCUCACAUGGUGUUGUUAUAAUUAUUAUUGUUCUUUUUUUUUUCUUCUUUUCUUCAUUUUUUGUUUUUCCUUGUCCUUGACAUUUCUUUUUUUUUUUUUUUUCUCUGAUUUUUUUUUUUUUGAAUCGGCAUCAAGACUGAACAGACAUUUAAAAAAAAAGAAAAAAGGAUGACGUUUUUUUUUUUUUUUUUUUUAAAUCACUGCACAGCAGAAAAUGCAAACAGGACCGCCGCUGUCUGCAAGAACUAUCACGACAACCCCGCCCCUCACUGGGACCAGCACAAGCAUUAAGGCCUACACACACGUUUACCAUUUUCUCUCUUCUUUCCUCUCUCUCUCUUUCUCUCCUCCGACUACUUUGCUCUCACCUCUUCUCUCGUCUUUACAGAUACAUGUAUUUUAUUUAGAAAGAAAAGAGAGAUUUUAUUCUUGGCAUAUACAGAAAAUGAUGCAUUAUGGAAAACAAACAAAAAAAAAGAAUUGGUGUGUGUCUUCAUGCUUAAAUGAGGCUAAAGACACAUCUUUUUUGUAAAUAGAUGUACACACGUAUUAAGGUUAUCAUGUUUUGGGGAUGGGGGGGGCUUUGUGUGUGUGUGUGUGUGUGUGUGUGUGUGUUUGAGAUUUGUAGAGGAACUGAUUUCAAGAGUUGCUUUUAGCUACGGGCAUGGAGGCUAAAAUUUGUGGCGGUAUUGUGGAAUCGACAUUUUGGGGGUUUAGAAAUGUGUGUUUGUGGUGUGUAUGCAAAGUGUGUGUGUGUGUGUGUGUGUGUGUGUGUGUGUGUGUGUGUGUUUCGCUAGGCUCUUCUGUAUAAAUCUGACGACCUACAGAGCCGACCCCACGCUCCCCCUCCCGUAUUUUGGGCAGAACAAGAUGUCCCGAGUUGUUAGAAUUUCGUUUGUGUUCAUUUUUCGUUUAGGUUAACUGCUCUCGUCCAAUCAUGCUUUUGCCCAACCUGUGUGUGUGUGUGUGUGAGAGAGAGAGAGAUAUAGAGAGAAAGCAUGAAUGACGGUUUUUUGGUUUGUGAGAAUCUAUGGCGUUACUAAGCAGUCUUUUGUUUAUGGCCACCAGUAGGAGAAGUCAUUGUGUUGGUUUGCCCUUGAGGCCUGGGCCCAGGUAACGUUGAGGAUUGUAACAUUGUCUUGUUUUGUCCUUGAGGCCUGGGCCCAGGUAACGUUGAGGAUUGUAACAUUGUCUUGUUUUGUCCUUGAGGCCUGGGCCCAGGUAUCAUUGGGGAUUGUAACAUUGUCUUGUUGUGUCCUUGAGGCCUGGGCCCAGGUAUCAUUGGAUUUAAUCAGCGCACACUGCACCUCGUUCCCUCCUGGAAAUGCUUUGGAUUGCACUCUUACGAUGUGUUUCAAAGGUCACAUUCCUACCACAAGUCCUUCAAAUUCUUUUUCAUGAGAAAUUAGAAGGUGUGUGUGUGUGUGUGUGUGUGUGAGAGAGAGAGAGAAAGAGAGUGAGUGUGUAUGUUAAGAGUGUGUGUGUGUGUGUGUGUGUGAGACGCAACACCGUUUGCUUGCUCUUGAGUGUGUGUCUGGCUUCUCGUCCCCCGCCCGAUCUCUUGCUUUUGUGUCCAGCUUUUCUGAGCGCCUCUGUCAGGUCUGGGGGGCCUUGCAUGGCAUUGUACAGCGUGUGUCAGUCAUUCCUUUGAACUGCAUUUCACAGGGCCCUGGCGACAGCACCCACCCAACCCUAUGCGCGCACACACACACACACACACACACACACACACACACACAGACAUAUGAACCCUGAGCCCCUCAACGUGGUCCCCCACAUGAACAUUGGCACAAAGAUUGGAGGAGGAUAAUUAUAGAUGAUAUAGAGGACAACCCCCCCCACCCCUCCCCCCACCCCCCAGCUGAAAAGAACAGUGAGUGGUGACCCGGGAACCUCUUUGGCAGUUUCUAAUCAACUUUGUUUGUUUAUUUGUUUGUCUGUCAGUUUGUUUUUGUUGGGAUGGACCUCCCCUCCCUCCAGCAGAAUGUUGCAGUAACACCACCCCCCUCCAACACACACAAACAAACACACACACACACACACACACACACACACACGGAUGUGGUGUUGACAAUGGCUGACUAGAGGUGACAUGACUGAUCUUAGAGUCUUGUCACACAUCCCUCCAUCUCAAGCAAGAUGGCUGAUCAGCUGGUAACCAUGGAUACGGACCCAUACCCGCACCACAUCUGCAUCUCCCAUACCUCCCCAUACACCCCUGCCUUGCCCCCAUCUACCCACCCCAUGGAUGUUACCAGGCAAACAUACGCAAACACACAACGGUGGAUCUUCGUAAACAAGAACACACUGACUAUGAUGAUGACGGUGAUUAUUACGUACAACCAAACUUCCUUUUUUUAUCAAAAGAUUGCUCUUGGUUUAUCGCCGUUUGUAAUAUUAUUUUUUUCCACUUAGUACUGUAGAGUUUUAUUUUAUACUCAUCUGCCCCCUCCCUCCUCUCCCCUCCUGCCCCUCUCCUCCUUCCACCAGGGGGGCAAAUGGCUCUGUUGGUGUUCUUCUUCAAACAUUACAGCCAAAAUGGAUUCUGUACAAAACUCAAAAAGAGGAAAAAAAAAUGUUUUAAAAAAUGACGUGAAAUGAAUAAAUGAAUAAAUAAAUAAAGAACUGUGUAGUGAAACAUAUGGAUCCUGACAACGAGCUGUACUGGAAACAUUUCACUAACCCCCAACCCUCCCCCCAAACCUAACCCAGCUCCCAAUGCCCUCCCCCCCUUCCCCCAAGCCCUCUAUCAGUCAGGAUUGUGAUGUAAAUAAACACGACUCUAACUGUA